CCAUAACGAUUUUGUAUCGAUACUUAGGAAACAGCUGUUCGGCUACCUGGCAUUCGCCAGAACGCGUGCUCUGUGGCUAUCUUAAGGAUAGGAGAGAGAGAGAAAGAAACCAUGGAGCCCACGGAACAGACCCAGACACCGCUCCAGCCGGCUGUCCUCAGCCUGGACAACUGUCCCGGGACCACGCCCGGCACACCGCAGAGCAAGAACCAACUGAAGAAGCAGCGGAAACUGGCCGAGUUUGCGGAGCUGAAAAAGUUGCGGCGGGAGCGUGAGCGGCAACGCAAGAAACAGAAGCGGAGGGAGGCGAAGGAACAGGGAUUGCCUGUGCGAUUAGGACCCUCGCGCAAGGAGCUGAAGCGCCGUCAGGUGACCAUCGCAGAGAACGGGGUGGCCACCUUCAGUGUGGCCAUCGAUCUGGACUACGACGACCUAAUGCAGGAGCGUGACAUAGCCAAGUGCGUGAAGCAGUGCCUCCGAAUCUACACCAUUAACCGGCGGAGUGCACAGCCGGGACGACUCCACUUCACGGGAAUCAAGCGGAACGGCCACAUCCAUGAGUGCUUCAAGAAGAACGAUGGCUGGGAGAACUGGAACGUGGAGUACCACUUCGAUCGCAACCACACCGACUUGUUCGAAAAGCCGAAGCUCGUUUACCUCACCUGUGAGUCCGACACACUGCUGGAUAAGGUGCAGCCCGACUGUACCUAUGUCAUUGGCGGCCUUGUCGAUCACAAUCACUUCAAGGGCCUCUGCCACUCCCGGGCCACUGAGGCGGGCUUGACCACAGCCCGCCUGCCGCUGAGCGAACAUGUGGACAUGAAGACACGCUCCGUACUUAGCACCUACCAUGUGUUCGAGCUGCUCAACAAGGUGGCGGCUGGUCAGGACUGGACAUCGGCCAUUCUCGAAACGAUUCCAAUGCGUAAGGGCGCCAAGGCCAAGACGACGACGAGCAAUGGCCAGGAGCUGGAUGCCAAUUCCGAAUCCGAGACCGAAUCCCAGGUUGAACCGAAGACCGACAGCUGACCCCGAUUCCAGCGUUUUGAGGUCUUUUUUGAUUUUUAUUUUAGUUUCUCUUGUUUUUAUAAAAUCACAUUUAGUUUUGUUUCGCAAAUUAAAUUACAACUUAAAAUACAUAGUGCAAAUAAUAGUAAUAAUAAAACAUAUUUUUACAUUUACAACGUGCAAUGACGAUGACGUCCCAGCGACCGACAAAGAUCGCUCGCUGCCAGUUUAACACUCUUCCAUUUCUGAUAUUUGUAUACCCUUGCAGUUGGGACUCAAUUAUAUUUUAUAAGCCUCUUUUCAUGCAGAAACUACAGACCGAAA